UUUUUUUUUUUUUGAUCAACAGAAGAACGCACUUCACAAAAUUGUUACUCCUAUCUUAGUUCAAACCCCUCACUAAGGCCGUGUUUGGAUGCCUGCUGGAUCCUCACUACACUGACCGUUGGUCUUUUGUUUUCCUAUGAAGUAGGAGUAUCUGGUUUGCAAGUUCUCUUUGUUUUCACGCUGGAGCCUCAACUCCAGAAUUUGAGAAAACAGAGCCGAAAUCAUAUACUCCACUACAUAUAUUAGGGUUUAUGCAGCGCACACUGUCUCAUCAAAUCAUACCCCGAAAUCCUCCUACAGUUCCAGCAACCUCGAGUAUCGAAAUCUAGGGUUCAUGACAAGUUCCUUGGAUGUUUGACUCGUGUCGUUGUGCUACGAAGGUUUGAGUGAUUGUUUUUCAGAUGUAUGGUCAGGGUAAUUAUACUCAGUUUGGGCAAGGUUUCCAGUGGCCCAUGCCUGAUUUCCAACAGCGCCCUAUUCCUCCUCCACAUCCUCCUUUCCAACAUGGCCCUACAGCCUCGCAAUAUCCUAUAAUACAACAAGGUCCUCGGUCAAUUCCACCUCAUUUUACUCAUGCCCCACCUCCACCGGUUCAGCAAGGUCCGCCUGUUCAAGUCCCGGCGACUAGAAUGUUAAAUGCGGGCCAAUCUUUCCUACCAUUGCCCCCACCCCCGCCCCAACAGGUCGGUGGAAGCACCUCUAUGGCACAUCCAUAUCCGGUUGAUCAACAGAAAUCGCAAUGGACCCAUAAUACACAUCAUACUCCACUAUCUGUCUCUCCUCUUGGUCAACCUCUCUCAGGUACAAAUCGGCCAGAAAUGUUUCAACCCUCAUUGCUUCCUGGAGCAUUACCCACACUACCAUCACAAGGACAAGCUCUAUAUAAAGGCCCAGUUUAUCCGCCACAGCUGGGUGGCAUGCUGGUUGGUCAACGAAGUCUACCGCCACCACCACCAAUUUCUAGUUUCUUCCCUCCUGCUCCAUUUGGGUCUCGUGUACAUUCAUCACAUCACGAUUCGGAUGUACCAGCUGCAGGUCCCAUGCCACCUCCGCUUCCACCUUCUUCUCCUCCACCCCUUCCACCUUCUCCGCCACCUCCUACCUCUCCCCGUCAUACUUUUGGAACUACGUCUUCUGCUCCACUUCUUACUGUGGCUGACUUGUCCCAUAAUUCCGAGUCAGGUCCAAUGGACAAUCAUUCUGCCUUGGAAGUGAUGCAUACUGAUUCUAAAGUUGUGGUGUCGUCCCAAAUAAGAGACGAUGCACCUGUGCUGGAUGACUAUGAAUUACCUGAAGGCACGACAUGCCGUGAGGUGGUGGAAGAGGAUUUAUCGUCUGUGGAAUGUUCAAAAUUGGAUCUACCUUCACCUCCACCCAAGCCAGCUGAACAGAAAGUAGUGCAAAAAAUUGAAGUCUUGUGUCAUUUUAUUGCAAAGAACGGUCUGGAGUUCGAAGACAUGGCUCGUCAGAAAGAGUAUGGGAAUCCAGAGUUCAAAUUCUUGUUUGGUGGUUGCCCGGGAAGUGAAGCUGCAGUUGCGCAUGAAUAUUUUGAAUGGAUGAAAAAGAAAUGUAAAGGGGAAUAUAAAUUGCAGGAGAAGCAUAAUAAUUCGGUUUGGAGGUCUUCAGGAAUCGACAAUUCAACACAAACCAGUUGUUUGGCUGGUACAGGUGUAUCCCAUUCACCUCCCGAUUCUGAUAUGGACAUUGAAGAUGAUAUCAACCCACCUGAUGAAGAGCAGCAAAUGUGUACCUCAUUUGAAAGUCUAAAGACUCUAAACCAUGAGACUGGUUUGAUAUGUGAAGAGCUUGAUAUUAGAGAGCAAUUAAAUGCACCGGUGAAUGCUACCGAAUAUAGUCUUGCGGAUGAUGUAUCUGCUUCUUCAGGAUUGGCUGGGCAAGAAGAAGGUUGCGAACUCAUUUCUGAUCCUGAUCACUUCAUGGAUGGAAGGUCACUUGCCAAAGUUGACAGCACAGUCACAAACUCAUAUGGAGCUGCCGAGUGGCCCUCAAAAAGCAAUGAAGAAGAAUCAUCUGUAUCUCCCCUGGAAGAUCUAAGUCAACAAAAUAAGUCGGCGGCCGCAGUUGGCAUUGGUUCUGGGAAACUUUCUUGUGAACUCAUCAAAGGUGCUAGCCCUUUUAGACUUCUACAAGGCUAUGCUUCUGAUGACAGUCUGGAAGGUGAUAACAAGCCUCAUUUAGAAGACACGAGUCCUUUAAAAGCCUCACCAUCAACUGCAUCAGCUGUUUCCGGUUUACACGGAGUUAUAGGAUCUAAUUCACAGACAAGGUCUGACGUGGCAUAUGCAAUGUCAGAGUCUAAUGUGGCAUGUUCCCGGAGCAUGCCAUUAAAUGCUCUGGAAUUCUGCCCAGAAUCACAAAGGACAGAGACAGAAAUUGGUAUAACAUCCUUUGCAACCGUUAUGACUGAAGAAAUCUUUGGAAAUAAUGGAAGAAAUGAAGGAAAUAUGGACAACGCUGCUUCUCUUGAGGCUUUGCAACAGAGUGUUGUCUUGGAUGGUGUUCAUGAGUCCACUCCUGAGAGAGGCAAAUCUGAGUCAUGGAAGGAAGGUGCCAAAUCCUCAUCUACUCUGCGCAAAGUCGACGAGUAUGGGAGAUUAUUCAGAGAAGGUGGACGUGAGAGUGACUCUGACGAAUCACACGACACUGGAAGACGUGGUAGGAGACGGAGAAGUCGGAGUAGAAGCCCUUCUCCUCGCGGUAGGAGGAGGAGGAGUCCUUGGAGAAGAAGGGAGAAGCGAAGCUGGUCUCGCAGCUUGUCUCCCAAGAAACGAAGGAGCAGGAGCAGGUCUCCCACUUAUAAGCGCAGGGGAGAAUAUGGUGGUGAAAAAAUCAGAAGGGACAAGUGUCAGCUUCCAAUGUGCUUUGACUUCCUUCGAGGCAGGUGCCACCGUGGAGCAACUUGUCGGUAUAUGCACCAUGACUCUGACACGAGUGAUGGUUCAAGACGUAACAGGAGUAAGCAACAGUAUGCGGAGAUUCCACAUGUUUCAAGGGCUUCUGGUUUGCAUGAAGAGAGUAAGAAAGCCCUUUCCGAAGGACCAGUACAUGAGAAGGAGUUGGAUGGGCACAGGGAUGGGGAAAAAGAAUUAGUCUCUAUGCAGGAUGCACUGCCAUCUAUAUUUCACGAUCAAGAUGAUAAAUCUUUGGUUGUAAAGUUGGCUAAAUUUGAGAUGUCUCGAGAAGUAACUGCCAUCAUGCACGAAACUCACAAUAUUAAAGGAGAGAAAUUGGAAUCCACCGCCAGCCUUCCUGAAAAUUGUCUUGGAGAGCUAACUGCAAUUGUGCAGGAAACGCAGGAUAUUAGAGAACAGAAUUUGGAAUCUACAACCGGCCUUCAUGAUGUCAAAAAUCAUGUAAAACAAGUGGAGACAUCUCAUGACAUAGCUUCUUCAGUUGAAAAUUUUGUUAUUCCAAAUUCUCGAGCUAAGCAAGUCGAGACUUCUGAUGGCUUUUCUACGUCUCAAUCUUUGCAAGUUCAGUCAUCAACCUCCUUCCAACAUGGACCUCCAGUUAGUGAACUGCAGAUAAAGAAUAUCCCUCCAGUUCAAGCUUAUCCCAGUACAAGUUCCGUCACCCAUUCAGUUUCGCCUGAAUCUCUGCCUCCAAUUCAGGUUAAUAUUCCAGAUUACCGUUUGCAGUUACUCACUUCCCUUGCCCCACUUUCACAAGGUACAAGUACCCCCACUCCUACACCACAUCUGCCAAGGGAACACGACUUGAUGCAACCUGCUUCAAAAUUUCCUUCUUUUCAAGGCCCAUUGCAGAACCUAUAUUCUCAUUCUGUACCGCCACCGAACUCCUCUUGGUCCCUCCAACCACCACUGCCACCGCCGCAGCCGUUGCCUCCACCACCACCAUUUGUUAACAAUCCAAAUCCAAAUGCAAUGCAAGGUUUUCCUUCAUCACAAUUUCAACAUUUUCAGCUGCCUUCAAGAAGUGACUUCAAUUCGCAGACGUUUGGAAGACCUUACUCACAAGCUACAGGUUUUGUUGGCGAAGAUCACUUCUCUCAGUUACCAGUGCAAGGUUUAAACCCUCCAAAUUUGUAUGGUCAGAGCAGCAUAUCCUCACAACCCACGCCUCCUCUGAGAAUGCAGGCUUUCCCAGGCGACAACCUGCCUUCAGGUGGGUUUUUCACUUCAUCUUCUCAGAAUCAUCCUUACUCUCAGCAGCAACAGCCACCCCAUGGUCUGUGGCAGUCUCCCACACACAGUCUUACAGUAAAUCGAGGUGACCAUGGAAAUGUUAUUCCUACCAUGUCUAGAUUUGCAUCAGGUGUUGACAAGAAUCAGCCAUCUCAUCUGUCAGAUUCUGGAGGGUUCAGAAUUUCAAACUACUGCAAUCCUCAUGCUUCCACAUUUGACCAGCCACUAAGCUCUAAAUUCAGCUCAAAUGUUAUUAAGCAAGAAAAGGAUGUGCUCUGCGCUAAUCAGCAUGGCUCUAAAUUCAGCUCAAAUGUUAAGCAAGAAAAUGAAUUGCUCCACAGUAAUCAACAUGGUGUUGGAAGUAUUGGCUCAAAACUUAUGACUUCCUCACCAAAACCUGAGCCUGAUGAUUUACUGAGUUUACGCAGUGACCAAUAUGAUCCACUUUUUGACAGCAUUGAUCCAUUUUCGAACUCUUUCGUGAAAUUUGAGCAUGGUUUGAAGCAUGAACCUGUCAAUGACUCUAUCAUUUUGAGGCUCAUAGGCUCCCAUAAGCCGUUAGAUGCGGAAGAAAGCAAGCAUAAAGAUAGAGUUUUGGCUGAAACUGCAUCCAUAAAAAGUGAAAAUGAUGAGAAUGGUGAGACAGCAGAUGCAGAAGUGGGUGAUGUGGAGAAUGCAAGUGGAAGCAACGAUCUUGAUGCAACAAAUACAUCGGCAGGAGAGUUUGAGAUUAAUCAGGUUAAGACGCCUGGGAAGAGAAAGAAGAGCAAAGAUUCAAGUUCAACGAAACUUUUCAAAGUUGCCAUUGCAGAUUUUGUGAAGGAGAUGCUAAAGCCAUCAUGGCGACAGGGUAAUAUGAGCAAGGAGGCAUUUAAGACAAUUGUCAAGAAGACUGUUGACAAGGUGUCUGGUGCUAUAAAGAGUCACCAAAUACCGAAGUCUCAGGCAAAGAUAAAUCAAUAUAUCGACUCAUCACAGCGGAAACUGACUAAACUAGUGAUGGGCUAUGUUCAGAAGUAUGUUAAAGUGUAGAAAGUUGAUAUCAGGCUAUCAGCUAUGGUGCCUAUGAUGGAAGAAAACUUGAUUUGACCGACAUUCAAAAGGGUCUGCAGUUGUUUUGAGAGGAAUGUGAGCAUCCUCUGUUUAUAUAAAGCUAGUAGGUGGUUAUACUUGCUCAAUUACGCGGCGCAUUGGGAGAUCCAACUUAAUGUCUGGAGAAUAGUUUCCAACCUCGGUAAUGUUCUGAGGAAGCUUCAACCUUGUAUGUGGUGCACCUUUUGAUUUCAAACUAGUUAUUUACGCUUGAAUUAUAGUUCUAUUUGUUUUGGAAAAUGUUUGUAAAGUCUUCGAUCACUUCAGGUAGCGAUUGUACAUAUUCAGCAUAGUUCGAAGUAGAAAAUAUUGGCUUCACAGUGGAUAACAUUUUGGAUACUCAGACAGUUAAAUCAGUUUAGUAGCA